GCGGCGCUCACCGAGAGGGAGUUGCGGAUGAGGAAGUACUUCGGGUCCCUGCCGGACGCCUGGCUCUCCCUGUGGAAGGCGAUAUCGGGCGGCAUCGAUUGGGACGUCCUGGCCGAGCCGCUGGAGAAGGACCUGGGACUCCUGCUGGGCUGGGCCUUCGCGGCCUACAUCGCCUUCUCGUUGCUGGCGAUCAUGAAUGUCGACGGUAUUGUCACCACCCUCCUGCACCUUGUGCUCGGGACCGUCGGGUCGGACCCCUUGUCCGAGGCGAAGACUGUGACGCAGAUCACCACAGUUUUGAAUAAGUUGACAGAAAAGAUGGGUGUGGAGUCUCUGGUGGCUGUGGGGAAGCCGCCCAAGAAGCGCACGCCCAAGAAUGCCCAAGUACCGCCAACGCUUCAGAAGAUUCGGGAAUAUCUGAAGUACAUGCGGGUCAAUCGUCUCAAGGUCACAGAGGAGCAAGUGCAGGAGAAGCUGCGCGGCCUCCUCUCGAAAACCACGGCAGCCUCGACGUGGUUGAAUGGGGGACCUGCUGCCGAGAAGGUGCAGGAUACGAAGCUGGUCGUACACUCUCAGCCGUGGGGAGCGGCUAAGAUCGUCAAGGCCGCGAAUAUCAGGACGACGACACUGGAGGGCCCUGCAGUCAUCACGUGCCAGUCGCCCACAGAGUACGAGCAGGCCACGCAGUGGCUCGGCUCCAUCAAAGGGCUACCCACGGGCUUGAAGGACGAUGAGGUCUCAACCGCACCCCCCUUGGCCACGGCGGCACUACGACUCACGAUUGCGGAGGCGUUCGCCGACGAUGCUACGUAUGCGACGGUCAAGGAGAAACCAGUGGCGAUGGCGACGGUACUAUUUCCUCAAGUGCUGGCAGCCAAGAUUUUGAAGGUCAAGGGAGCAGUCAACUAUCAGACGGAGUCGACUGCGAUUAUUCUUGUGCGAGAGAAUGACACAGAGGCAUUCUUGAAGUGGGCCGCCCCGCCAGGGGUAUUUUUGAAUAGACAAUCCAGUAAGCUGGUGCCAGUGUGGCACAAACUACGCGAGGGCGAGAACAUGAUGACGUACUUCACCAGGGUGACUGCUGCAGCCGCCCAGGUCGAGGGCCGCUUGGUGUACCGCCCGUCGGACAACGCAUCCUUAGGAAUCUUAUCGCAGAAGCCCAUGGCAGCGGAUAUCCAACCUCGAUGGUACUUGCAGAAGUGCCCUGAGCACUGGUCAUCAUCCCAGGAG